ACCCAGGCGCGCCCUCGCGUGCCGUGCGCGCACUAGUCUCCCCUUGCCAGUCUCCCGGGUCUGAAGGGGAAGGGAGCAGCCCCAGUGGGCGGUGAUGGCGAUGGCUAUGGCGCCAGGCGGGCAUCCGAGUCAGCGUACUGACGUCAGCACCUCCGCGUCUGCGCAGACGAGGCGUCGGAGACUGAGCCGCGGAGCUGGGAGGUUCUCGGGCCGCCGCGUCCCCGCCCCCGCUGCUUCGGGCCGCCGCUGGCUCGGAGCAGGCGCCGGGCCCGUCCUUCCUCCGGCCGAGGAAGGGGCGGCGCUGGCGGCGGCCGCGAUGCACCCGAAGCUGCUGAAGAACGCGCACUACAUCGAGCUGGGCAGCUACCAGUAUUGGCCCGUGCUAGUGCCGCGAGGCAUCCGCCUCUAUACUUACGAGCAGAUCCCCGUGUCCCUCAAGGACAACCCCUACAUCACAGACGGCUACCGGGCCUACCUGCCCUCGCGCCUCUGCCUCAAGAGUUUGUUUAUUUUAUCCAAUGAGACAGUAAACAUCUGGAGUCAUUUGCUGGGCUUCUUCCUCUUCUUCACACUGGGUAUAUAUGACAUGACUUCUGUAUUACCUUCAGCAAGAGCUUCUAGAGAAGACUUUGUAAUUUGUUCUAUUUGUCUUUUCUGCUUUCAGGUCUGUAUGCUUUGUUCUGUAGGUUAUCACCUUUUCUCUUGUCAUCGCUCAGAAAAAACCUGUCGGCGAUGGAUGGCAUUAGAUUAUGCAGGAAUCUCUGUUGGCAUACUUGGUUGCUAUGUGUCGGGAGUAUUUUAUGCAUUUUAUUGUAAUAAUUACUGGCGUCAAGUCUAUCUUAUUAUGGUGCUUGCUAUGAUCCUCACCGUCUUCUUUGCUCAGAUUCAUCCCAGUUACCUCACUCAACAGUGGCACAGACUUCGUUCCAUUAUCUUUUGUUCGGUGUCUGGGUAUGGAGUGAUUCCUACUAUUCACUGGGUCUGGCUCAAUGGAGGGGUCGGCGCACCUAUUGUACAGGAGUUCGCACCUCGUGUAAUUGUGAUGUAUGUGAUUGCUCUCGUUGCUUUCCUCUUCUACAUUUCCAAAGUUCCAGAAAGAUACUUUCCAGGACAGCUAAACUACCUCGGUUCUAGCCAUCAGAUAUGGCAUAUACUAGCAGUGAUCAUGUUGUACUGGUGGCAUCAGUCAACAGUGACUGUUAUGCAGUACAGACACAGCAAGCCUUGCCCUGACUAUAUUCCACAUUUGUGAAUGCAGGUAUGGCAACCUGGUAUGAUCAAAUGUCAAGCAAUAUUAGAUGGCAGAAAUCUCUACUUCUAAUGUUCCCGUUUUUUCAUUUGUGAUCUUAAGGUGUAUAUCAUGAUUAAUAUUUUAUGAAAAAAAAUUUAAAAAUACACUCAGGGGGAUUUAUAGUUGCCCAAUAAUUCAUUUAUUGGGCCUCAUAAAUGAAUUAUUGGGCUUCAUAAUUUGUUUGAUUCUAUUUGUAGUCUUCUCAUAAAUGCCAACUUAGCACCAACAGAAAGUGUUAAACCAAUCUAUAUUGUUGAAAAUGAGGUUAUUUUAUUUACCACCUUUAUUUCCCUAGGAAGCAUUCAAUAUUACUGAAGGAUGGCAUCUGCGAUUACGGAAUUUUUCUUGCAGUCACCCCUAGGUGCAGUCUACCCCUAUAAACUAGGAUAGAAAAUCAAGUGUAAGUUCCUGAUGGAGGCAACAGUAGCCUGGACUUAAGUUAAAUACUAGAGUAGUGGACUUGAAUAAUCAUUUUGAUUUGAUUUUAAUUUUCAACAAGGUCAUUUUUUUAACUUUGAAAAUAUCAUUUAUUAUAUGGUUGUAUUGCAUAUGUUUUCAGAAGAACACUGUCCCUCUCAGGUUUUAGAGUUUGUCAGAAUAAGUUUUUAUGCCAACUUAUAAUUUUAAUUCUAAAACUUGAUUUUAGGCAAGUUUGGAAAUAUAUAUCUAUAUAGUACAUUGAUUCACUAUAUGGUCAUUCUCAUAGGAAAUUGAGAUUUAUUGAACUUUUGAUCUUAUUACCAGGUCAGCCACAAACACAAUUUCAUUUAGUUAGCCAAAUCAACAUUAAUGCAAAGAAAGGGCCCCAGAAUUCCCCAGAACUUGGGUCAUGCUAAGCUUUCUAACAUAUAACCCCUUUCCUAGAAAUUGAGCAUCUAAAUUCACUAUUAAAGUUCCCAGCUUCAUAGGUUGAUAUUGCCAGGUCUUCAUUUUGAAAUUGGCCAGGAACUUUGGGGUAAAAGCAGUGAUUCUCAAACUUCUUUGUCUCGGGACUCCUUUACACUCCUAAAAAUUAAAGACCUCAGAGUCUUUGUGGGUUAUAUGAUUCAUACUUCUAUUAGAAAUUAAAACAUAUUAGUAUUAUUAUGAAAAGUUUUGACCUCUUGGCCUGCCUAAAAGAAUUUCAGGGACCUCCAUCCACACUUUGAGAAUGACUCAAGUAAAGUAAUGCAGUUGCUCAGUUUCAUUAGUUAUGUUUCUUGAUACUAUAGUUCCCUAAUAUUAGCAUUGUGAUUAUAUUACAGUAUUUUAAUGGAAAUAACUAGUAUUUGGAGUCUCAGAAUUCAAAAUUGGAAUUAUUUUCAUUUAUAUACUUGUAAAGUGCAAUCUCAGUGUCCUAUCAACAAAGACAUUUUGGAGAUUCUCUUGUUCUAACACAUUAAGAUAAAGACUUGAGAACAAAAGAGCAAUAAUGUUUCAGUGUAAUCCUUUAAAAGUUAAAAACUUGUUAUUAUAUCUAAGUUAGACUUUUAAAGAUAAAAUACAAUUUCAUGAGUUUCUAGUAUAUUUGCAGAAAAUCAGAAUUGCUUAGCUUUCCUUAGAAAUGUUGAAUGCUACACUUUCAGAUUAUCUCUCUGGUAUGACUUUUAGAAUGCUAAUUUUGCCUUCACUUAUUCAUCCAGAAAAUAGAAAUGCUAAAAGCUUCUUCCCCAGCUUCUGAGAUACUAAAGUGCAAUAUAUAGGUAGAAUUUCCUUUUUUUUUUUAAGAGGAAGAGUACUUCACAUUUUUCUAAUGAUGCUCUCACUUUGAAAAUAGCUAUGUAAUAGUUGCCCCAUGCCUUUAGAAACUUCUCAUGUUGGCUAUAUCUCUUCUUGGAUUGUUGUAACAUUGCCUUCAAAAAAUCAAAUAUUUUGCCUUGGACAAAGGAAAAAUGAUCUGUGCUGUGCCAUGGUAAUUGCAGGUAACUUAAAAGCUCAUCUGGAUCUAACUUUGAUUAUUGUCAUAUCUCCUCGGCAUAGAAAAAUAAGUUCUUUACAACAUUAUUUGACUUAUACAAUACCAUGAAUAAGCUUUUUUUUAAAUGGACUAUAUUUUAAAUACUAGUCUUGGGGAGAAUUAUAAACAUCUCAACAUUUAACGCCUUUACUCUUAUAAAUUUUGUACUACUUGUAAAUCUUAAUGUAGUAUAUUUAUUGUUACUGAGGUAUUAAUAAAUAUAGGUUACUAACAAUUCUAAACACUUUGGUUUGUCAAUAUUUAUUGAUUACCUACUUUCUAUGUGUGAAUGCCACACUAGUAUUUUUAGAAGUCUUAGUACUUAACAGUAAAUACCUGCUUACAACUUGCCUCCCAAACUUCUGAUCCUUUCAGAAUGUGUAUCAGUAAAAAUCUUAUUUUCAAAACUUGGUAAUAAAGCUAGUUUAAAAGCUCGCUAAAACCUAAACUUGAGUUCUUCUAGGAUCAGAAGCUGUUUUAAACUGUAGGUUAUUUUUUUUUUUAAGUUUGGAGUCAUUUUCAAUAUUGUAUGGUAAUUUAUGGGUUCAUAGUCAACUAGUUUUAGUAACACAAGUAUCUUUGUAUAAAGUCAGACCAUUAGCAACAAGUAGCAACGGUGUUAUUAAGUCACUUUGUGUUUACUGAGUGCAAUUUACAGUGUGCUGCACGGAAAAAUAUAUAUUCUGUAAAUAAAUUGGAUUUAUUAAAUGUU